CUCCUUUGAUCCGGAAGUAAACAAAUAUUAUACAUGACGUAAUUUGUUAUGGAAGAAAUCAGCUGUUUGGUGUCAGAAAAUCAGCUAGAAAUAGAUUUAAACGAGUUAAUCGAGAGCUCCGUUGGUUUGUCAGUCGCUGUCGAGCGAUGCCCGCUGUGUUCUGAGGCGAAGCGUCCAUUUUAUUGUCAAAGAUGCGUAAAUGAAGGACAAUUCAUUCACUCCUAUGCAACCUAUCCUGAUAGCUAUUCUGCAAAACACAAUAAGUGGGAUCAAUCCAAGACAACGAGAGAUCAUUUUCUGGAAAGAUUUAAGAGUGAGACAGCAAGUCUUCAAAGACGAAUAGACAAGAGGAAUGCCAUUGACGAGUGUAGACGAAAUAUAGAGUUGCUCAAGCAGUCCAUUGAGGCAUCCAGGAAGCUGACUCUCCAGAACAAAGCAAGUCAUGACAAUAUCAGGCGGGAAAACCUGGUGCAUUACUCAAAGGGUAAAAAGCACCAGGAAAAGAAAAAGAGAAUCAAAGAGUACAUUGAGCGUGUCUCAGAGACGAUUCACAGAAAGAAGGAGAAGUUAGCCCAGAAAUGCAAUGAGCUGAUGGCCCUCAGGAAAUCUCAUAUUGCUGAUCUCACAACAUUUAUCUUUCCUGUGAUUGAGGUGAAGUCUGAAAGAACCAGUCAGGAAAUGGCAACGAGUGAUGACGUUCUACAGGAACUACAGGACGCCAGUCAGACUGCGUACGUGCAUGGGCGCUGGAUCAAUGCAAGCGGCCAGUAUCGUAUAGUGGCACCCACCCUGCCGGCCCAUGGGGAGUAUUCACAGUAUAAAAUCAUGGUUGCGAGAGCAGCUGAGGACGGCGCCACUGCAGCAGGGUUGAGCAGCCCACAGAGUGCGGGCAACACAAUCAUAGCUGGGCUCUGUUAUACUUCACAAUCUGUGGCUGUUAUAGCACACAUCCUCAACGUGUGCUUGCCAAAAAAGCAGUGCUACAGCGAGUUCUGUUACUGCAACCUGUCAGAGAAGCAGUUCAACAAGGCGGUGGCCCGACUCAACCAGAACAUCCUGUACCUGUGCUUCUCCCAGGGGCUGGACCCAGAGAGGAUUGAACCCAAGCACACGCUGCACAAUAUCCUGGAGCUGCUCACACAUACCCAGCUCGGGAGGAUUGGACCAUUUGAGGUAGAACAAGACAUGAUGGACUCUGUUGAAGACUCCAACGGACAUUCCGAAGAGAGUGAUGAAGACAUGUACAGUUUACAGACAGACCCUGACACCGGUGACUGGGAACAGGUGCCCUGAUAAUAUCACGAUUCCCCCGCAGCAACUCUCCUCAAUUCAGCAUCCUGCGGGCUACGUUUCUCAGGAUAUGACAGACUCCUCGCUGACAGCGUCAGCCAGCAGUGUUAUCUCUUCCGCCUACAGCACUUUUGCAUCAUAUUUCCGCAGAUAGCACAGUGUGCCUUCCAGCCUAUUUUAAGUAAAGUGUUUUUUAUUAUCUGUUUUAUUUAUUCAUUUUUUUCUUGCUUUCCCAUUUGGGCAAAUACGGUUGCCUGUUUAUAUGAUUUUAUUAGCUUAUAAUUGUAUAAGUCCAUUUGUGAAAAUAACGUGUAAGUAUACUUUUAUAUUUUGUGAUAAUCUUUUAACUAUUUGCUCUAAAGGGACUAUAAAUAGUUUGAUCUGUAUGUUAAUUGUCAAUGAAAAGUGUUGGAUAUAUGAUUCUACUAGGUAACUUAUUGGAAAAUACAAAAAUCUUAUUUUUGAAGGAAAUUUUGGUUUUUGAUUCUUUUGAAAGACUGACAUCAUAAUGUAUAUUAAUAUUAAUUCAUUUUACAUUCGUUCAUUGCAGAAGAAUAAUGUAUUUUAAUAUAUUAAUUCAUUUUACAUUCGUUCAUUGAAGAAGAAUGUGUUUUUAUGCUUUGUACAUUUGUCAUUAAAAUGUAUCGAGAUAUUCAGCAAUAUCUUAGUACAGUUGUAAACAAAACUGUUCCAAGUCUUUUUAUGUCCGCCAAUCUACACUGGGGGACAUAUUUUUUUGCCCCGUCUUUUUGUUUGUUGGUUUGUUUGUGUCAAACUUUAACAUUGGCCAUAACUUUUGCAAUAUUGAAGAUAGUAACUUGAUAUUUGACAUGCAUGUGUUUCUCAUAUAGCUGCACAUUUUGAGUGGUGAAAGGUCAAGGUCAUCCUUCAAUGUCAAAGGUCAAAUAUAUGGGGGGGGGGAUAUUGUUAUUUUACUUACUGAACUUCUGUGUUGUGCUUUUAAACUGUUGUUAAAGUGGUUAUGUUUUAAUUAUUUAAGUAGUUUUAAAAUUGUUGCAAAAAUGGAGCAGUCUUUCUUAUGGUUGCUUUUUUCAGAUGUAGAUAUUUGUGAGAUGUUUCCAAAAGUUAUCAAUCAGUUCAUGUGGGAUUAAGAAAUAAUAUUCAAUUUGUUAGGUAUGUUGGUUAGUAAAAAAAUAUCUGGAGUUAAGAUGGAAAGAAAUGAUACCACAAUAUGGCAUCAGAAUGAAAAUGCUUUGUAUAUUGACCGGUAAAAAUAAUAAUUUGAAAAAUUAGUUCACUUCUUACAGGAUUUGAUAAAUUAUUAUUCAAAAGUAUAUAAUUUAUGGAACUUUGAUACAAGUGUAUAUUAUUUAUCUUAAACUUAUCCUUCAAUAUCCUUGUAGCCCGAAACUGCUAAGGACAUAAUGUGUAGCAGCAUGUAAAAACAGUCUUAUGCCUUAAGUGGCCAGCAUAGCCCCAGACCAGCCUGCACAAUAUGGCAUAAGACCCUUUUUCGUCUGAUGCCGGUCAUAAUGUAUGAUUAUUUUGACAAGUGUUGCAUCCACAAUCUAUUUUUGUUCUCAUAAUACAAUAUUUAACUUCACAGUAUUUGUACCAAUGUGCAAUGUGGUUGUAUAAGGUUUUCCUACGGCAUUUUAUUACUGACAUCAACAAUAAUAAAUGAUAUUGAAAGAUGU